GCUGUGAGAAGACAAAAGAGUCUUGAACAGAGUAUUCAAUCUGCCCAGGAGACUGACAAAACCCUACGCUUAAUCCAAGAGUCUCUUGCUGUUAUUGACAAACAGCUAACAGCCUACAUUGCAGACAGAGUUGAUGCAGCACAGGUACCUCAGGAAGCACAGAAAAUACAAUCUGAAUUAACAAGCCACGAGAUUAGUUUGGAAGAAAUGAAGAAAAGAAGCCGGGGUAAAGAUGCUGCCAAAAGAGUGCUUUCCCAAAUUGAUGUGGCACAGAAAAAGCUGCAGGAUGUCUCCAUGAAGUUUCGCUUGUUUCAGAAGCCAGCCAACUUUGAACAGCGCCUACAAGAAUGUAAAAGAAUUUUAGAUGAAGUGAAAUUGCAGGUGCCCAAGUUGGAGAUGAAGAGUGUGGAACAGGAAGUAGUACAAUCACAGCUGGAUCAUUGCAUGAAAUUAUAUAAAAGCCUGAGUGAAGUGAAGUCUGAAGUGGAAACAGUGAUAAAAACUGGGAGGCAGAUUGUUCAAAAACAGCAGACGGAGAACCCAAAAGAACUGGAUGAAAGGCUUACAGCUUUAAAGUUGCAAUAUAAUGAAUUGGGCGCAAAGGUGACAGAAAAAAAGCAAGAGUUAGAGAAAUGCUUGAAAUUGUCCCGGAAGCUGCGGAAAGAAAUUAAUGCCAUGACAGAAUGGCUUGCAGCGACAGAUGCAGAAUUGACAAAGAGAUCAGCUGUGCAGGGGAUGCCUAGCAAUUUGGAUGCUGAAAUUGCCUGGGGCAAGGCAACACGGAAGGAGAUUGAGAAACGCCAGGUCCAACUUAAAAGCAUCAGUGAUUUAGGAGAGAAUUUGAAGACAGUACUGAAAGGAAGGGAAAGUCUAGUGGAGGACAAACUCAUCCUCCUGAACAGUAAUUGGAUAGCAGUAACGUCACGCGCUGAGGAAUGGUUCAAUCUGUUACUGGAAUAUCAAAAGCACAUGGAGGCUUUUGAUCAGAAUCUAGCUAAUGUCACAACUUGGAUGUAUCGUGCUGAAAUACUGUUGGAUGAAUCUGAUAAACAAAAACCCCACCAAAAAGAGGAAAGUCUUAAGCGCUUAAAGGCUGAGCUGAAUGAUAUGCAUCCAAAGGUGGACUCUGUGCGUGACCAGGCAAUAGACUUGAUGAGAAACCGUGGAGACCACUGCAGGAAAGUAAUAGAGCCUAAACUGUCAGACCUCAACCAGCGCUUUGCAACUAUAUCACAAAGAAUUAAGAGUGGAAAGCCUUUCAUUCCUUUGAAAGAACUGGAGCAAUUUGACUUUGAUAUACAGAAAAUGCUUGAACCACUGGAGGUUGAAAUUCAGCAGGGCUUGAAUCUGAAAGAGGAGGACUUCAAUAAAGACAUGAGUGAAGAAGAUGAAAGCACAGUGAAAGAAUUGCUGCAAAGGGGAGACACACUUCAAAAAAGAAUCACAGAUGAGAGAAAACGGGAGGAAAUAAAGAUAAAACAACAGCUGUUGCAGACUAAACAUAAUGCUCUCAAGGACUUGAGAUCUCAAAGAAGAAAAAAGGCUUUAGAGAUUUCUCAUCAAUGGUAUCAGUACAAGAGGCAGGCUGAUGACCUAAUGACAUGGCUGGAUGACAUUGAGAAAAAGUUAGCCAGUCUACCAGACCACAAAGAUGAGCAGAAGCUAAAGGAGAUUGAUGGAGAAUUGGAGAAGAAGAAGGAAGAUCUGAAUGCGGUGCACAGGCAGGCUGAACGCUUGUCUAAGGAUGGGGCUGCAAAAGCAGUGGAACCAACCCUGAUACAGCUAAGCAAGCGCUGGCGAGAUUUUGAGAGCAAAUUUGCUCAGUUUCGAAGACUCAACUAUGCACAAAUUCAAACAGUUCCUGAAGAUACAACCUUUGUGGUGACCGAAACUAUGACUGUGGAAACCACUUAUGUGCCUUCUACAUACCUGGCAGAGAUCCUUCACCUUCUGCAAGCCUUGUCUGAAGUAGAAGAGCGCCUUAAUUCUCCUGUUCUGCAGGCUAAGGAUUGUGAGGAUCUCUUCAAACAAGAAGAGUGUCUUAAG